AAAAUGAAGGAAAACAGCUGUAGUCUGGUUAUUUCAUCUUGCUAACCGUUUAUGCUAGCUAACCGGUUAGCUGGUUUACCUCAGCAGGUAGUUUUCAUAUUAGCGUCAUUUGGCAGACCAGAAAAAAUGAAGAAAAGGAAGGAGACUAGAGGAGAAGAGCGCAGAGUUUACUGCAUCACCACCAUGAUCCUACAGUGACUGGAACAACCAACAUGCAUGAUGGCACAUACCGAACGGAGGAUGGAUAGAGGUUUUCAACACCAUCCUGCUUGUCGGUGUUGAUAGAGGUGCAGCAGAAAAACAUGGCUGUUUCAGGAAGUUGGAGGGCAUUAGGACCCAGAGGAUGUCAGACAUUAGGAGGAGGAAAGCUGAAGCAGGCACUUCUGUCCCACCCUAAAGCAAGGGAGGAGAAGUUGAACUACAUUCCUGCUAUCAACAAUCCUGCUGCUGCUACUACCGAUCAGGUUUAAGCGAAAAACUGCAUUUUGUGUUAGGUAUGUGUGUUAGGUGAGCAGGUCAGAGUGCAAGCUCAGUGAGGAGUGUGUGUUUGAGCUCGCCUGCUUUCAUGUUUGUUUUCAGAAAACAGUAGGAAGGAGGAGUCGUGUGAUCAAAUAAAACAAGACCAGACGUCCAAGAGGAGCGUCAAGUGAAAGCAGGUACAUCAGGAUGUCUUCUCUGAAGCAGCAGCAGGACAGCGUCUCCAGCAUGGCAGAGGCAGUGGCCCCUGAGUCGUGGUCCAAGGUUAGCUGUCCAUGUUGUGUUUCAUCUGAGGUGGAGCCACUGGUUCUGAUUCAACUGGCUGAGAAUGUGGAGUCCAACACCAAGCAGUGGAUCAUGGACAUGAUCUCAGCACCUAAUAGGGCAGGAGGGGCACACCUACUCGUACACCCUGGUGAAGAUGCCAGCUGGGGUCGGAUUGUGGUUGCAGCUCCUCGCUGUACCUUACUCAGGGCCACAGAAGAGCUGGGACUCUGUAAAGCUGACAAAGAGGGCAAUAUGAACUUGUUUUCCUUUCAUGACCGUAACAACUUUAAUAACAUCAAUGACAUGCAGAAGUUCUUGACUCUGGCUGAGAGACAGUACAUCGUCCAGCAUGAGCUGGAGUCCAUGAGAGCCGUGAAAGACCAGCGCAUCCCUGGAAUACCUGGAGACAAGGGCAUCCUUAAAUCCAGACAGAACAUAUUUCAGAAGCUGCAGAAAGCAGGAGUGAUCCAGGAUGUUUUCCCCCUGUGUGAUGAGAAGAAGCUAAAUGCUCUCGGCAAAGAGUGGUAUUUACAGAAACGCUUGUGGGGACAGCCUUUAGACUCCAUUCAUGCUUACUUCGGCGGUUCCAUUGCUUUCUACUUCAGCUUCUUAGACUUCUACACGUGGGCCCUGGUACCUCCAGCAGUUCUGGGCUUCUUCAUAACCUUCUUCCUUCCUGGAGCCCUGCCUCCUGAUGGACCUAAAGCAGACAAUUCAACCCCUGGCCCGGGUUCCUUGGAUGCUGAUGACGACCAUCUGUCCGUGAGCGCCCACAUGGUGCAGGCUGUGUUCAGCAUGAUCUGGUCGACUGUGUUCAUAGAGCUGUGGAAGAGACGAAGAGCUGCACUGUCAUACCGCUGGGGGGCACUGACACUAACCGAGGAGUUCCAGGAACCACGGCCUGGUUUCCAGGGCGAGGUGGGAAUCAAUCCUGUGACGGGCAGAAGAGAGCCACUCUUCCCCAAUUGGCAGAGGCAGAUGCGGGUGGGCCUGGUCUCUAUGCCUGUAGUGGGACUUUUCCUUGGACUUGUUGUCCUCGGCAUGAUGGGAUUUUAUUAUUGUGAAAGCACCAUGGCUUCAAUUCACAAGGCUUCUGGAUCCAUUAUAACGGCCACGUUGUCCUACCUGCCCUCCGUCAUUCACAUUGUCUACACCAACAUGCUGGGGAAUGCCUACCGCACGGUUGCACUGAAGCUCACCGAGUGGGAGAACCACAGAGAAGAAUCGGCUUUUCAGAAUCAUCACACCACUAAAGUUCUAGUGUUUACCUUUUUCAACAACUUUGCUGUGCUGUUCCACAUUGCCUUUUUCAAACAGGACCUGCACCUCCUACGCAAGAGGCUGUCAUCGCUGCUGAUCUUGUCUCAGGUGGUGAACCAGUUCACGGAGGUGGUGGUGCCGUAUGUAGUAGAUCGUUUCUACAGCUCUUCACAGAAAGGGCUGAAGGAGGACGACCCAGCCGCUGAUCACAUGCAGGCUGAAGGCAGUCUGCCCCCAUUUCCUGGUCUGUUUCUGGAGUACAUUGAGCUGCUGGUGCAAUUUGGUUAUCUGAGUCUCUUCUCAUGUGUGUAUCCACUCACGGCCGUGCUUCUGCUAAUUAACAACAUCACAGAGAUCCGCGGAGAUGCCUACAAGAUCUGCCGCCUCUUUCGAAAGCCCUUCUCUCCACCCGAGGCCGGCAUAGGCGUGUGGCAGGCAGCAUUUGAGGUGUUGGCGUUUUUCUCGGUCAUGUCGAACUGUUGGCUGUUGUUUUUAGCUCCACGAAUAAAAAUGUUCACUCAGGAUGCCGGACUAAACCCAAGCACUGUGCUGAUAUUCAUCAUCAUGGUGGAGCACAUUUUGAUUGUGGCGAAACUGAUUCUGGCCUUUAUUAUUCCUGACGAACCAGACUGGGUCCUAAUCAAGAGGCAACAGAUUGAAUAUUGCACAAUGAUGGCCCUCAAAGAGCAGAAAGUGAAGCAUUCCGAUACCGCUGAGCUCCCUCGCUCAUAACUCUGAGACGGAGGGAAACGGACACAGAGGUGUGGCAUCGGCCAGCUAGUUCAGUACGCCAUCACCUUUAAUGACUAAGAACUUAGUUUGCUGUUGCACCGUCAGGUAUGGGGUGCCAAAUGGUGCCUGAACGCUUGUGGGAAAUUUGGACCAGUCUAAACAACGACUCAGUGUUUUCCCAUAAUGGACUGCUGUAGUUAGAAAAAAGGCUUUUUAAAGGCAUGUGGUAUAUAAAAUACAGAGCAGGGUACAGAAAUUAGUGAGCUAAAAGGGCAAUUUACGGCAUGUGCUAAAGUUAAUUUGCUAGCUCACUAACCCAUGUGUUCAGAGCAUGCAUCCAUAUGCCCAGGUGUGGUAUUUGAAAUAUUUUUUUAUGUAUCUUAUAUGACAAAAUGGCACAUAUGUAAUACAUCAAGCUUACACUGGUUGUCAACACUAAACGGCAGACAAAUCACACCACUUAUGCAGUACAUUUAUGAAUAUCAUUACGUUGUGUCUCAAAUCGCAUCCUAUGACCUCAUACAUAAAAAGUGUUUAGUGAUGAUUAGUAGAUGAUUAGUAUAGAAUAUCCUUGUAAAGGAGAGGUUUGUUAAAUUUAACCAUUCUGUACUUGGUAAAAUGAUAUUAAAUUGCACAUGAUGUUAAAUAAAACAGUGUCAGGCUAUAACAAUUUUAUUUAGCAACAAAUUCUCCACUGCCAUAACUGUCUGUUAUCUGCUAACAGCCCCUCCCCUUCUGUUUUACCGUGCAUGAUAAGGUAGGUUAAUGUAAAAAGUAUAAAUUACUCUUCACUUAAUUUGUUCAGUAAAGACAAUCCAACAUCUGA